AAUAAACAAUAAAUAAUGUUGUAUUCAUGUAAAAGAUUUUAUUAAUAUUUUCGUGAAAGUGUAGAUUUCGUUUUGUAGUUAAUUAAUGGUUUUUAUUUUGACGUUGUUAGGUAUAUAGUUUUUGUAUUGUUAAGUGUACAAAAAUAAAUAAUUGUUUUAAAAGGUAAAAUAAUUCUAAUUAAUUUGCAAAAUGUCAGCAGCGGCACGUAAAAAUACAAGUAUAUUGUGGCGUCAUUAUGAAAAGGACAGUGAGAGUGGGAAAGCUUUAUGUAAUAUUUGUAGGGAAAAAAUAAGUUAUAAGACAACGAUUUCAAAUUUAAGAAGUCAUUUAAAAAGAAAACAUAUUUCUACUUUUACGUCUCUUGUAUCCGAGGAAAAAGGAGUGUCGGAAUCAACAAGCGCUGUCGAAAAUGAAGGUGAGCCUGCUACAUGUUCCAACCAGCCAAGUACUAGUUUGGCCUUGCCAAGUAUUAGAUCCAGCCAAUCUCAUUCACCACCAGCUGCAAAGCGACAAAGGGCUUUGGACUCAUAUGUUCAUAAAAAAAUAAGCUUGGAACAGAAAAAAAAAAUUGAUCGCGACUUACUGGAUCUAUGUAUUGAUGGAUUUCAUCCCUUUUCUUUGGUAGAAGAACGCUCUUUUAUAAAAUACUCUCAAUGGAUACCAGGAUAUAAAUUGCCGACUCGAAAAACUUUAUCUAAUUCUUUGUUGCAAGAGGCUUACACGCAGACGGAGCAUAUUAUUAAAAAACAAGUUGCUGAAGAAGUACAGACUAUGUGUAUAACUACAGAUUUAUGGACGUCACGAGUAACGGAAAGCUACAUUGCUGUGACAGGUCACUACAUUACAAAAGACCUAGAAUUUAAAACGGUAUUAUUGGGAUGCUGCCAUUUUUCUGGUAACCACACUGCUACGAAUAUUGCCGAUGAAAUAAGUGCAUUAAUUGAUAAUUGGGGACUUAAAGACAAAAUAAAUUUCGCGGUCAGUGACAAUGCGACAAAUGUUGUCAAAGCAAUAAAAGAGGGCUUAGGGUGGAAGCACUUUGGUUGUUUCGCACAUACCCUUAAUUUAAUAGUUAAUGAUGCGCUAGUAUUGGUAAAGGGCCUUAUUGAAAAGGUUAAGACAAUUGUUGCACACUACAAAAGAAGUACUGUUUCUUCAGAGAGACUUUCAAAGUAUCAAGUGCAACAACAACAAACACCAAAGCAUUUAAUACAAGAUGUGGAAACAAGGUGGAAUUCAACUUUUUAUAUGGUACGAAGAUUUAUAGAAUUGCAAGAGGCUGUACGUUCGACGCUAGCGUUAGUUAAUAAAAACCUGCCAGUAAUCACCAAUGAUGAAUGGUCUACCUUGUCACAGCUUUGUCAGAUUUUACGACCGUUUGAAGAAGUAACAAGCAUGAUGAGUGCACAAAACUAUCUAACAGGAAGCUAUGUCAUUGUUAUGACGCGAUGUCUUAUUGAAUCCUGUAAUAAAAUAUUGGCAAAACCUGAUUUGUCAAGCCUAGUGUCUGAUGUAGCCCUAUUAUUGAAAUCAGGCCUAACCGAAAGGUUCAAGAAUAUUGAACAAAGUGGAACUUUGUCAAUAGCCACAUUUAUGGACCCCCGAUUUAAAAUUCAAGCUUUUUCCGAUCGGAAUGAAGCCGUUAGAACGAAGGAGAAAGUUAGAAACCUAGUGGCAGGAAUUAUUUCCAAAAAAGAUAAUUAUACUGCACAAACCGUUCCGGAAUCCAAUACUAGUGAGAGAGAUGAAUUAAGUCCUUGGGAGAUAUUCGAUUCGAUAGUAAGCCAAGGUCAGAGCCAAGGUACACCAGUCUCUGCGGCUAUUAAGGAAGUAGAUAUGUUUUUGUCGGACGAAUUACUUCCGAGGAAAAACAUUACAGGUGCAUGGAACUGCCCCUUGGAGUGGUGGAAAAACCAUAAAUACGUGUACCCAAAUUUAGUAGAACUAUUUAUUAAACACUGCAACAUCGUCGCGACGUCAGUACCAUGCGAGCGAAUGUUCUCAAAAACUGGACUUAUUAUAAAUCAGCGCCGGACACGAUUGACGACUAGUAAAGUCGAAAAAUUGAUGUAUUUAAAUGUGAAUAUGAACCCUAAUAGGUUUAAAUAAAAUUAAGAUUGUGUAAAUAUUAAAAAAAAAA